CGCCGCCGCCCCGGCAGCGCAGCGCGCCCCGCGCAGAGACUGGAAGCACAAGGAAAAAACGAUUUGUGUCCAGCCCGCGCUAUGUGGAAACCAUGCUUGUAGCAGACCAGUCCAUGGCAGAGUUCCAUGGCAGCGGGUUGAAGCAUUAUCUUCUGACUCUGCUGUCUGUGGCAGCCAAAUUGUACAAACAUCCCAGUAUCCGAAACCCUAUAAGUCUGGUGGUGGUAAAAAUUUUGGUCAUCUAUGAUGAGCAGAAGGGACCUGAUAUUUCCUCUAAUGCUGCACUCACCUUAAGGAACUUCUGCAGCUGGCAAAAGCAGCACAAUCCACCCAGUGACCGCCAUGCAGAGCACUAUGACACAGCCAUCCUGUUCACCAGACAGGAUCUCUGCGGUGCCAAGACAUGUGAUACUCUUGGGAUGGCUGAUGUGGGAACAGUCUGUGAUCCAAACCGCAGUUGCUCUAUCAUAGAAGAUGAUGGUCUGCAGGCUGCCUUUACAACAGCUCAUGAACUUGGCCAUGUGUUUAACAUGCCCCAUGAUGACGCAAAGCAGUGUGCCAGUAUUAAUGGAAUAAACCAGGAUUCCCAUAUGAUGGCAUCUAUGCUUUCCAAUCUGGAUCGAAGCCAGCCUUGGUCUCCAUGUAGUGCCUAUAUGAUUACCACAUUUUUGGAUAAUGGUCAUGGUGAGUGUUUAUUGGAUAAGCCCCACAAACCUAUACAGCUUCCCUCUGACCUCCCAGGAACAUUGUAUGAUGCCAACAGACAGUGCCAAUUUACGUUUGGAGAUGAGUCCAAACAUUGUCCUGACACAGCCAGCACGUGUACAACAUUGUGGUGUACUGGCACGUCUGGAGGAUUGCUUGUAUGCCAAACUAAACACUUUCCAUGGGCAGACGGCACCAGUUGUGGAGAGGGGAAAUGGUGCAUGAAUGGCAAGUGUGUAAACAAAACUGAGAAGAAGCAUUAUGAUACUCCUGUUCACGGAGGUUGGGGGUCAUGGGGACCCUGGGGAGACUGCUCAAGGACAUGUGGUGGAGGAGUACAGUACUCUUUCAGAGAGUGUGAUAAUCCCAUUCCAAAGAAUGGAGGAAAAUACUGUGAAGGAAAACGGGUGCAGUACCGCUCAUGUAACAUUGAGGACUGUCCAGAUAACAAUGGCAAAACUUUCAGGGAGGAACAGUGUGAAACACACAAUGACUUUUCCAAAUCCCCUUUUGGAAGUGGACCUGCAGUGGAAUGGACACCAAAGUUUGCUGGCGUGUCUCCAAAGGACAGAUGCAAGCUUGUUUGCCGAGCAAAAGGGACCGGAUAUUUCUUUGUUCUGCAACCUAAGGUUGUGGAUGGCACCGCAUGUAGCCCAGAUUCCACUUCUGUCUGUGUUCAAGGACAGUGUGUAAAGGCUGGCUGUGAUCGUAUGAUAGGAUCCAAUAAGAAGUUUGACAAAUGUGGUAUCUGUGGAGGCAAUGGAUCAACCUGUAAGAAAGUAUCUGGCACAGCAGUUAGUGCAAAACCGGGUUAUCACGACAUUGUCACCAUUCCAGCUGGAGCAACCAACAUUGAGGUUAAGCAGAGGAAUCACCGGGGAUCAAGACAUGAUGGCAGUUUCCUUGCUAUUAAAGCUGCAGAUGGCACGUAUGUUCUUAAUGGUGACUACACUCUAUCCACAUUGGAACAAGACAUCACUCACAAAGGCAGCGUUUUGAGGUACAGUGGCUCCUCUGCAGCGCUGGAAAGAAUCCGCAGCUUUAGUCCUCUCAAGGAACCUUUAACUAUCCAGGUCCUUACUGUGGGUGAUUCACCUCAACCCAAAAUCAAAUACACCUAUUUUGUGAAGAAACCAUUACAGAGUGGGAUCGAGAAACUUUCCAGUAAAAAGAAAGAAUCAUUUAAUGCUAUUAAGGAGACUAUCUUAUCUGAAUGGGUAAUUGAAGAAUGGGGAGAAUGUUCAAAGACCUGUGGAUCUGGCUGGCAAAGAAGAGCUGUAGAAUGCAGGGACCUUAAUGGGCAGCCUGCCACAGACUGCGCAAAAGAACUGAAACCAAAUGAUAUCCGACCAUGUGCAGACAUGCCUUGCCCACAGUGGCAAUUGGGAGAUUGGUCACCAUGUUCUAAGACAUGUGGGAAGGGUUUUAAGAAGAGAUUAUUAAAAUGUAUUUCUUUUGAUGGCAGUGUGUUGCCACAAGAAAGCUGUGACCUUUCAAAGAAACCUAAACAUUUAAUAGACUUUUGUAAUAUUGCAAACUGCAGUUAAACAGUAUCAAGCUGGGAACGCUAAAGAUAUAUAUAUUAUAUUAUUUUUUAAGACAAUGCACUGAAAUUAAGAGGGCUAGAGGCUAGAGAUAGCACAUGUAUUUUGCAUAUAAAAUUCAAGGUGAGGACUUAUCCAGAUGGGACAGUGCAAAUAAUUUUAGUUGGUGUUGCAUCAUAAAUAUCCUGCCAACUGCAAAUUUGAUAAGAUAGCAAACCAGUGUCACUAACUCUUCUGCAACAGAAACCGCCUUAGGGCAUUAUAAUUGUUUUUAUGUUUGUUACAAGUUAAACAAAAUGUAAGCAGUGGCCAAAGUGAGUUUAUAAGCAAACAUGUUGGAGUUUGUUCUCCAUUUUGUUUUUUUUUCUUUCCCCUUUAGGAUCUCUGCGGUACUGACCAAGUCCUUAGUUUUGGAAAGGGUCAGGGGAAGGAAGUAAGAGCUUUUACCUAAGCAUAAAAUAAUUGGUCAGGGCUUAGCUACCUCAAAAAUGGCAACAAAAAAAACCCAAACCAAAAAAAAACAGGAUUAGAAAAGGAGUUUCAACUAUAUCAUUCAUGGCUGCUAUUUUUUUUCAGAGAAUAGUUUUAUUUAAAAAAAAAAAAAAGCCAUAUUCUCUAUCAGUAAAGAGUCAAAAAUAACAAAAACAAUCAACCUGUUAAUUGGCAAAUGACUAGAAUGUUUUCAUAGUUUUAGGCAUCUGUGUCAUUCUGGUGUUUCUGUCCAUUUCUCUCAUCCAUUUGGAUGCAGUCAUAUUGACAUGCAUAAUUUUAAAAGCCAGAACAAGUGGUAGUCUUCAUGAGCAGGUACUGUCUGAAAGCUGUUGCUUUUUAUGUUCCCCAGCCAAACCUUUCCCUGGCUGCUUUGGUUCCAGCUUGGUCAUACCCUACUGGCAUCUGACUUGAGAUAGUGAGAAUUCGAGAACACAAGUUCUGAACUCUUACCUUAUUCCAGCCAGUGGCAAAUUGUGUUCUUCUUAAAACAAACUCAAAAGAAAAUUUCCCAUAUGGGAACAGGAAUCUUAUAUGUGACAUCUAUUUUUGUAGUACUCAAAUUACUUAUAAGGCGGGAAAAACAAAGCUGAAGGAUAGCAGGUCCAUCCACAGCAAUACGCCAACACUUGCAUUAUUAAAGUUUGUGCCAGUCCAUAGACUAUGAGAGAAUAUGGCUUUCCAUAUGUAUAUAUUACUAUAGAUCAUAUAUACUUUAUAAGUAUUUUUAUAUUUCUUUUCCUUCCACGAAGGGUUAUAAUUUGUAAUAAAAUGCAUAUAAUGAACCUAUUUAUUUUUAUACUUCUUGUCUAAUGUGAUCUUCUAAGUUAUCGCUUUUUUAAAAGGGCAUAUAACAAGGAUAGAGUAUUUAUACAGUAUAAUAUGUUACUAGAGGUAAUAAAUGAACACUAUGGAUUUUGAAAA